ACCUUAUAGACGACUUCCAUUCUGCAUACCACUCGAAGACCUCAAAGACUGUGCUCACGAGCUACAACGACCGAAGCCAUCGAUCCUCUCACACGGUAAACCGCCGCCAUGUUCAUAGCUCGCUCAGAAUACGAUCGUGGUAUCAGCACCUUCUCCCCAGAAGGCCGCCUCUUCCAAGUCGAAUACUCCCUGGAAGCCAUCAAGCUCGGAUCAACCGCAAUCGGCAUCAGCACCUCCGCCGGUGUCAUCCUAGGAGUCGAGAAGCGCAUCACAUCUUCCCUCCUCGAAACGAGUUCCGUCGAGAAGAUUGUCGAAAUCGACCGUCAUGUCGGCUGCGCCAUGUCUGGACUGCAAGCUGAUGCGCGGAGCAUGAUCGAGCACGCCCGCGUUACCUCGCAGAGUCACGAGUUCCACUACAACGAGCGAUUAGGAGUUGAGAGCUGUACACAGGCGAUUUGCGAUUUGGCGUUGAGAUUUGGAGAGGGUGCGGAUGGUGAGGAGAGCAUCAUGAGUCGGCCGUUUGGUGUGGCGCUGCUCAUUGCGGGAUAUGAUGAGAAUGGACCAUCACUCUACCACGCAGAGCCAUCGGGCACAUUCUACCGCUACGACGCAAAGGCCAUCGGUUCCGGUUCGGAGGGUGCUCAGGCUGAGCUACAGAACGAGUUCCACAAAUCGCUCACCCUGGAGGAGGCAGAGGUACUCGUACUCAAGACGCUGAAGCAGGUCAUGGAGGAGAAGCUGGACUCAAAGAAUGUGCAAUUGGCGAGCGUCACAAAGGACAAGGGUUUCAGGAUCUACGGCGACGAGGAGAUGGCUGGUGUCGUUGGGCGGCUGGAGGGUAAUUGA